AUGGACGAGGAAUACGACGUUAUUGUGCUGGGCACCGGGCUCACCGAGUGUAUCCUCUCGGGGCUGCUGUCCGUCGACGGCCAGAAGGUGCUGCACAUCGACAGGAAUGACUACUACGGUGGCGACAGCGCGAGUCUCAACUUGACCCAGCUGUACCAGAAAUUCCGCAACUCACCCCCCCCCGAGUCGCUCCAACUCGGCCGCGACCGCGACUACGCCGUCGACCUCAUCCCCAAAUUCAUCCUCUCCUCCGGCGCCCUCACCCAGAUGCUCGUCCACACCGACGUCACCCGCUACCUCGAAUUCAAAGUCAUCGCCGGCUCCUACGUCUACCGCGACGGCAAGAUCAGCAAGGUCCCGUCCACCGAGAUGGAGGCUGUCAAGAGCCCCCUCAUGGGCUUGUUUGAGAAGAGGCGGGCGAGAAACUUUUUCCAGUUUAUCCAGAAUUGGAAAGAGGACGACCCUGCGACGCACCAAGGACUCGAUAUCAAUACAGUUCCCAUGAAGGACGUCUACUACAAAUUCGGCCUCGAGGCCGGUACCCAAGACUUUGUCGGCCACGCCAUGGCCCUCUGGCUCGACGAAGAGUACAUUACCAAACCCGCGCGCGAGACGAUCGACCGCAUCAUCCUCUACACCGCCUCCAUGGCCCGCUACGGCAAAUCCCCCUACAUCUACCCCCUCUACGGCCUCGGCGAGCUCCCCCAAGCCUUUGCCCGCCUCUCCGCCAUCUACGGCGGCACCUACAUGCUCCAGAAACCCAUCUCCGACAUCAAGCUUUCUUCUGAUGGCAAGUUUGAAGGGGUGACGAGUGAGGGGGAGACGGUCAGGGCGAAGAAGGUUAUUGGGGAUCCGUCGUAUUUUGGGGCGGGGAAGGAAGAUGGGGAAGGGGGGAGGAUGAGGGUGGUCGAAACCGGCAAGGUGGUCCGUGCUAUCUGCAUUCUCAAACACCCCAUCCCGGGCACGGACGCUUCCGACUCUUGUCAGAUUAUCAUCCCCCAGAAACAAGUCGGGCGUAGGAACGACAUCUACAUAGCCUCAAUGUCUGGCGCCCACAACGUCGCUCCGAAAGACGUCUACAUUGCCAUCGUCUCCACCAUCGUCGAGACUAGCGUGCCCGAGCGCGAGAUCCUGCCUGGGCUGCAGUUGCUUGGGAAUGUACUUGACAAGUUCAUAUCCAUAACCCCCCUCUACGCCCCCACCUCUUCAGGGCAAGACGACAACAUCUUUAUCACCAAGUCCUACGACGCCACCUCGCAUUUCGAGACGGUUGUGGAGGAUGUUUAUGAUGUUUGGAGGCGUUACAAGGGGGGGGAGGAGUUGGUUUUGAAGAAGAGGGAUGUUGAGAUUGAGGCUUAG